CUCCCAGCUCUGCCAGGAAAUGGGAGACUUCACCAUGGCACUGGGAAUUGGAUUCUUGAGGAUCAAACAAUAGAAGGACCUGGAAUAAGACACCUUCUUGAGCUCCCUGAGGGCUCUGAGCAGCUGGGUUUGCCUUUCUCUUCACUACCCCAGUCCUCCUCUUACUCCUCAGUCUCCCACUCCCCAUCGCUCCUUUCCCUGCCUCCUCCUGGCUGUCUCCAUCUUCCUCCCUGUCUUCCUUCUCUCGCCCCAUUCAUCCCCCCUUGCCACUAUCACCUCCUUCCUUUAUCCUUUCCUCCUUUGCUGCCCCCUUCUUUCCUCUGACCUUUCUUUCUCCUCUUGCUUCCCCUGUCUCCCACCUUUCUCCUCGCUCUAUUUCUCCCUCUCCCUACCUCCUCCUCCCCUUCAUCCUUCUUCCCCCUUAUUUUUCUACCUCCUUCCUCAGUUCCACUCUCCUCUCCACCCUCCUUUUGCCCAUCACUCCCCCUUCUCCCUCACCACCCCCUCCCUCUCUCUCACCUCCCUGGGCCCUGCCCCACCCAGCUGUGUUUGCUUUUCUCCCGGAUCCGGAUGAAGGGGUUACCCUGCCCAUGCCCAGCCCUGCCCCACUUCUGGCAGUGUGGGUCUCACUUCAUGGCUGAGGGCUCCAGGACUCAGGCCCCUGGGAAAGGGCCCCCACUCAGCAUCCAGCUCCUGCGAUCCCAGUAUGAAGGCUUAAAGAGGCAGCAGAGGACCCAGGUCCACCUUCUGGUGCUUCCAAAAGGAGGUAACACGCCUGCUCCUGCAGAAUCGAUGGUCAAUGCUGUUUGGAUUAACAAGGAGAGAAGGAGCUCACUGUCCCUGGAAGAGACAGAUUCUGAGACAGAGGGGAGGCUGGAGAAGGCUGGCCAGGGCUGUCUUCAGGCCCCCAAGUCUUCCUGGCACACACACCUAGAGAUGCAUCGUUUGGUCCAAACCUUCCCCCAGGAUACCAGUCAUCAAGUACAUCAUAGGGGCAAGCUUGUGGGAGCUGGCCAAAGGCUCCCUCCUGAAGGAGAUGCACACUUAUUUGAAACCAAUCAGAUGACUCAACAAGGAACUGGAAUCCCAGAGCAUGCCCAGCUUCCAUGCCAGGUGGGCAAUACCCAAACAAAGGCAGUGGAAUCUGGCUUAAAAUUCAGCACUCCAUGUCCGCUUUCCAUAAAGGACCAACACAGGUCUGGCAAACCAGCCUACUAUCCAUUUCCCCAGAUGAAAACUCCCAGGAUCUCCCAAGCUGCCCGGAACCUGGGCUUAUAUGGCUCAGCCUGAAGCUCUCUAUUCUGCCAGAUGUCUUGGCCUUGAGGCCACCUAUGGCCUCAUGGAACAACCAAGUAGGCAGAACCAUGACUAGGUAUCCAGCUAUGAGCAAGAACUGGAUUCAGCCAAUUAUAGGAAUUGUGGGAGAUAAACUUCACAGUGGGAACAUGGUCUUACUCUUUCAAUAAGAAGAGACUGCUCAGGCCAAAUUGCUCACAGUUUAGGAUGAAGAGGACUGUUUGGUCAGUGCAGCCCCAUUCUGACAUUGCUAUGAGGUCCUGGAUAUGCAUUCCUUGGGGACGACCAGUAAGACGUCUGCUCCAUCCCUGGAACUGCAGAAAUCUGAAACGUAACCAGGGACUCUAGCCAAUGGAAUUCCUUAGCAAUGCCCAUGGGUCAAUUACAUGGGCAUUCUUGUGUUCAAUGUCUUCUGAUGAUUUCUCACAUACUCUGGAGAAGACAAGCUCUGAGAAUUCAGACACUUUUUCUGGUGGCCGUGUUUGGGGGCCACCUCACUUAGAAGUCACAACACUUAUAGACAGUAAUCACCUCAUUUCAAUUUGAACUUCCCAAAGUAUGGUCACCCUGGGUAAGAAGGUCAGAUCAAUGGUCUACCAUUUUGUCUGUUUAAGGGGUCUUUAGAAAGCACUGAUCAUCUGUCACUGCUCACUGAGACAUGUACAUUUCAGCAUCAUCACAGAUUUAUCUCUUUCCUUCUGUCUCUCCCUCCUUCCCUCUGUCUCUCCCUCCCUCCCUUCCUCUCUCCCUCCCUCCCUUUCAUUCCUCUUCCUUCCUCUCUUUUUUCCUCUCUCCCCUCCUUCCUGCCUUUCUCUCUCUCUCUCUCUGCAAAUUAACUUAUUAAAAAACUGCCAGUUAUUAAAGAUAUAUAAUGAUGGGAUCCUGAGCAAAAAGAGGCAAAGAAAUGCUCCUGCUUGAAACAUAUGUCUUCCCUAUAGACUGCCUCCUGUUUAGCCAACUUGGAUCACUCAGAUCCUUCCAGGGAUCAAAUGCAUAUUUUUAAACCUAAGACCAAGCAAAGCAGGUGUUACUUGGAUGAUAGGAAAAAAAGCUUGUCUUUCCUGGUUAAUGUUUAGCUUCAGUAAUGCUAUUUAAACACACGGAAGGUGCCUUUCCCUCAUAUCAGAUGCUUUCUCUGUGAAGUUUCACCCCCACCUUUCUUUUCUCCCCAUGGCAAUUCAGUCUUGCCCAUCUACAUCCAGAGUUCUUAACUAGUAGUGUCAUUACCUGUCAAAAACAUGUAGGUGCUUUCUUGGACCUCCCAGAAAUCCACUCCAAUUUGGGGGUUCCUUGUGAUUCCUUUUGUGAAUAAUCAACACAAUUCAGUUUUUUAAAAAUAUUCUAAUAAAAAGGAAAAUUUCUCA